AUGAAAGGAAAAGCUGAGUGGGAAAAUUAUCUUGUUUUGCUUGUUGUUGCUGUUACUUCUAUUAUACGUAAUGAUUCUAAUAUUCUAAUUUUGAACGGUGAAAAUUUUUUGGAUUGGAAGGACAAAACCCUCUUGACAUUAGGGUGCAUGGAUAUUGAUCUAGCACUCCGUAUUGACAAACCAGCAAUGCCUACGGAAUCAAGUCCUGCUACAUAUCAAUUGGCCUAUGAACGAUGGGAGAAAUCCAACCGUCUAUGUAUAAUGUUCAUCAAGUCGCAUGUUUGUAAGAGCAUUAGAGGAUCAAUUCCUGAGUGUGACUAUGUCAAGGACUACAUAAAGGCUAUUGAAGAGCAGUUUGUUAGUUCUGAAAAAGCACUUGCUAGCACCCUAAUGAACAAGCUAAAAUCACAAAUCUAA